AUGUAUUUCUAUGACACAAAGCAUUACACCACCCACACUGGGUACAGGUCCCCAUACAUGGACUUCGGAAUCCUGAGCCCUUCUUGGGAGUUUCUGGCACCUAGGAGUGGGGGGGGUCCCGGGUCGUACUAUGCGCACGAGAGGCCGCAGUAUUUCUACUACUGGCUGUCGCCCCCUGGGAUAGUCAGAGCCAUGGAAUGCGUGGUGGCCACCCUCUGCUUCAUCAUCUUCAUCUGCGUGGCUUCCACACUGGUGUGGGACAUCAAUUUUAGUGUCCCCGCGACGGGGACCUAUGGUGGGGGGCUCGGGACGGGAUACUACAGCAGCGCCCAUACUCAGUUUGGCGCCUACCCAAGCCCCAACGCUGCUAAGGUGACCAUGAUGACCACGGCCGCCUUGAACUUCCUGGUGUCCAUCGGCAUCCUGGUGUUCAGCUACGUCCGAGCGUCCAACUUCCGGGGGCGCUGCUUCUACCUGCUGGUGGUGGUCGUGGAUUCGGUGCUGGCCUUCCUCCAGGGCGUCAUCAGCAUCAUCUAUGUCAUCAGCAUCAACCCGAUGUCGCAGAGCUCCCAGAGCAUACUCUAUAACCCUAUUGUGAUGAUGUGCAACAGCUUGUACUCCGGAAACUCUGCGGGAGCCGUUGGGGCCUUUCCUGUCAAUAACCAGCACCUCUACCACUACUGCUUCAUAGACCCACAAGAGGUGGUGGCCACUGUCUGCGGCUUCCUGGCAGUCGUGGCGUUGACCAUCGCUGCCUGCUUUGCCCAGAAGACACGCGGAAAGAUCUGGCGCCACGGAAAGCAUAACAUCUACUGGGACCGGCCCCGUAGCAAGGGCUCCGGGGCCCGGGAUGUUGAAGACUGGGUCAACAACAUUGAAGGGGAGCCCAGCGUGCGAACGGGCCCGACCGUGCUGCUGUCCGAGAAGCCCCCCACCCCCCAGCUCGUCGCCGGGCCUGACAGUGUCUCCAGCGGGCGUAACAAUCCCAAGGACGGCUGUGUAGAGGUGACCCCUCCCACCAAGCUAAUUGUCCAGGCCGGUGGGAACUGGGCCAGCUCCAUCCCCUUCGAGGAGUCCGGGGCACCUCCCCCACAGAGGACCCCGGUCCACACCCCAGGGCCUAGUGAGUCACAAUACGAAACUGGCUACGCCAGCGGGGGGGACAGCGGCCCAGAAGCGGACACUCCGCUGUGGCACAGCAUGUACCCGGAGAUCACGUCCGCCAGCCAGCGCCAGGAGUAUAAGAAGGUGUUCGACUCAGACUUGCGGACUUACCAGCAGCUGUGCGCCCAGUUGGACCACAUCAACGGCCCAAUGAGCCAACUGGCCAUUGAGCUGGACCUGCUGUCGGAUGGGGCCUCCCAGCACCAGGCCCUGGAAGAAGAGUACAAUAGGCUGCAGGAGCUGAAAAUGGCACCAGAGUAUCUGACCCAGAAGCGUCAGUGCCGGGAGCUGCGCUGCAAACUCAUCCACAUCAAGCGCCAAGUGAAGAAUUUUGAUGCGUGCCUCUGAGACCGACUCCCCCGCAGAUAUCAGACAGGAGUCCUCCAUGGCCCCCCCCUCUAAGAUGGCCAGCAUGCCCCCAGACCACCGGGGCCGGUCCAGCAUGACGCCAUGUCCUGCACUCUGGGGUUUACCUGCAGCUCUGAGGCUGCCUGCAUUGUUGUUGUUGUUGUGGGAAAUGUGCAGCGCCUUGCACAACGCUGCAGUAAUGCUGUUAGGUGUUGCUCUAGUGCCAAAGUCCCUCAUCCCCAUUUUCUAGUAAACAAGAUGGGCGGAAGCCUUUUCCUCUUCUUCCAGGAGUUGAAUCCAGUUGAGUGUCUCACUUAUGGUCCAAAUGCACCAUAAUGGUUGUUAUCUGGAGCUGAAGUAUUGUUAUCAGUGUGUUAUGGGGCUGUUUUUUUUAUACAGUGCUCAUUCUGAGCUCUUUUACACCUCAAUAUUUCUGAAUAUGUCACGGAGCCUGUGCCUGGUUUCCAACGCAUUGUGAGUCUGGCACAUAUGGCGUUUGUGCUGUUACUGAUUGCCUUAUGGAGCCGAUGUUGUUGUGUGUUUCUGUUAUUGGAUAAAUGGAGUUGACAUGUGCAUUUGUGUUAUGGAGCUGCACUCCCUUCCAGUCACACAUGUAACAGAGGCCAUGUCCCUGAUCAAGCCUGCAUCUUUAUGCCUGUGCUGUAAAGUUGAAGCACCUCUUAGAAGUGUUUGGCGGAGCGGGGCACUGUAGGCUUGACACGUCAUUCUAGGUUCACUCGGCAACCCAAGCAGCCACGUUUUGUCAAGUUCAACAUGGAGUUGAUGCAGUGGUGGAUCCUGGCAAGGGUAAGAUGGGCAGUUAGGGUUAGGGUGGCAUCUUCUGAGGGAGAUUUUUUUUUCUUAUCAGGGCGCAAACAGCAUUAAUGUGUUUUAAAGGUGAUGUGAAAAAUAGCUUAGCUUACAUCUUUAUUUUAAUUUAUCGAAUUACAGAGCUGGUUUAUCCCCAAAUUUAAUGUAUAUUAUGGAGUUGGUACACCGUCAAAAUUGUAACUAAAAUUGCAUUUUACAUUAAUGCAUUGACCCCAAGCAUGCAUAUUUUUGUGUUUUAUAGUAGAUGUUAUUUUGAAUUUAAAUGAAUUUCUGUGUUUCCAUUGUAUCAUGGAACGGAUCCACAAUUCUCAGCAUGCAUUUUUAUUUGACAUACUAGAAGCAUUUUUAAAGCAUUUUAAAAUAUAAAGAUCUGCUAUGAAGUUGACACACCAGUUUGAGCACAAUUUUUAAAUUUGUGUAAAAGAGCCAUCAUGGCUUUCAAAGUAUGCAUUUUAUUUUAUUACAAAAUUGACAUGCCACACCAAUAUUGCAUUUUUAUUUGACCAUGUUAUAGAGUUGAUGCACAAAGAGCGCAUUUUUGUUUUGCGUUAUGAAAUGAUGCGCCAUGAAAAUCAUGCGUUUUUAUUGUAUUACGUUACAGAGUUGACAUACUUCUCAAAGCUUGCAAUUUAUUUUAUUCUGUCAAACACACAGCAUGAAGCAUGCAUUUUAUUGCAUUACAAAGUCGACGCCCUAUGCAAAACAUACAAUUUUAUCAAAUUACAGAGUUGAAGUGCCACAUAAAGCAUGCAUUGUGUUUUAUUCCAUUAUAAAACUGAUGGCCACAACAAGUGUGCAUUUAAAUUUUUUCACAUUACACAGUUGAUGCAAUAUGCAAAGUGUUCAUUUUUAUUUCAUGAUGUUAUGGAGUUGACAUGCCAUACCAUGCAGGCUUUUUGGUAGUAUUGCAAUACGGUGUUGAUGCUCCACCAGAAAAUGUGAAUUUUUAUUUUAUCACGGAGCUGGCAUACGAUACCAAGCCUGCAAGUAAAUUACGUAACUGAGUUGAUGCGUCAUGCAAAGCAUGCAUUUUUAUUUUUGUCAUGCUAUGGAGCUGACAUACCACACCUAACAUGCAAUUUUUUAUGUUACACAAUUGAUGUGUAAAGCAUAAAUUUUUAUUUAAUCACAUUAUUAAGUUGAUAUGCCUAACAGCAUGCAUUUUAUUCCAUUAGAGAAUUAAUGUGCCACACCAAGCAUGCAUUUGUAUCAUCACUUUACAAAGUUGUUGCACUAUGCAAAGUGUGCUUUUUAAUUUUAUUAUUGUGAGCUGACGUGCUCCACCAAGCAUGCAUUUUUAUUUAAUCACAUUUCAGAAUUAACACACCAUCACAAAAUGUGUAUUUUUAUUUUAUUACAUUAGGGGGCUACCAUGCUUGAAAUUUUGUCACAUUACAGAAUUGACAUGCUAUGCAAAGCGUGCAUUUUUAUUCGAUCAUAUUGUAUGUUGAGUUGCUUCACAAAAUAUACAAUUUAUUUUUACCAUGUCACAGCAUUUUUAUGUGUUAUGGAGUUCCUAACACAAAGAAGUAUGCUUAAACACAUGCCGAUAAAAAUGCAUGCUUUGCAAGGUGUCAACUCUAAUGCAAUAAAAAUGCAUGCUUUGUGAAACAUGUCAACUCCAUAACACAAAAAAAUUAAAUGCAUGCUUAAUGUGAUACAUCAACUGCAUAAUGUGAUGACAUAGGAAUACACAUUUGGUGUGCCAUGUCAACUAGGUAACAUGCAUUCUUUGUGAGGCAUGUCAACUGUAAUAUUAUUACAUUUCAGGCUGUGAAUAGCAUGUCAAAUCUGUUAGGCAAUGAAAUUGCAUGCUGGGUGUGCAACAUCAGUUCGGUAACAGGAUAAAAUAAAAUCGCAUGCAUUCAGUGGCACAUAAAUUCUGUAGCAUGAUAAAAUCAAACUGCAUAUAUUACUUUGGCACAUCAACUCCAUAACGUAAUAAAGUAAAAAUCUGUGAUUUGUGUGGCAUGCUAACCCAUCAUGCAAUUUUUUUAAAGUGUGACUGCUUGAUGUUGCAUGUCAAAAAUGGAAAAUGCUUAAUAUAAAAUCGUAUGGCUCAUA